AAUUUGUUGAUUUAAGGUUUGCACAACUUUUGUUUUAAUUUUUACAAUACGACAUAUUUAAUAGAUAUAACAAAAAGGUAAAGCCUACUAAGAAUGUUUAGAGAAUUUUAAAGUGAAUGUGAAGUCUUAAAUAUCAAAGUUAAAAAUGAACUCAUAAAAAACCAAGCGAAAAUCAUUGUGCAGGGAAUAAUUUCACAGAAGAAAGCGAAAAUUUGGCAAAAUGACUCAAAUGACCCAAGAUGAAAUUGUUUCCAAUACCAAAACAGUCCUACAAGGACUGGAAGCAUUAAGAGUCGAGCAUAUGUCAAUCUUAGGUGGUCUCAGUGAGGGACAAAGUGAUUUGGACAAGGCAGAUAUCGUUCAGAAAAAUAUUGAAAAUAUAGAAUUGGGUCUUGGUGAAGCACAGGUUAUUGUUGUUCUUGCUUCGCAUUUGCAAAAUAUUGAAGCUGAAAAACAAAAACUUAGAACACAAGUUCGUCGAUUAUGUCAGGAAAAUGCAUGGCUAAGAGAUGAAUUGGCAAAUACACAACAAAAACUGCAAGCUUCUGAGCAAAUGGUAGCGCAACUAGAAGAAGAAAAGAAACAUCUUGAGUUUAUGGCUUCUGUUAGGAAAUAUGAUGAUGUGCAAGAAGGUGAUAAUGUUGAAGAGAAAUCGCGUUCAGAUCCAGUUGUCGAGUUGUUCCCAGAAGAUGAACAGGAAGAUCGAAACAUGUCUCCAACACCUCCCAGUCAGUUUGCAAAUCAAGCUAAUGCUGGAUAUGAAAUUCCAGCCAGACUGCGAACUUUACACAACCUUGUCAUUCAAUAUGCUUCGCAAGGUCGUUAUGAAGUCGCCGUUCCACUUUGUAAACAAGCUCUUGAAGAUUUGGAGAAGACCAGUGGACAUGAUCAUCCCGAUGUCGCAACAAUGUUAAACAUUCUUGCUUUGGUUUAUCGCGAUCAAAAUAAAUAUAAAGAAGCUGCAAACCUAUUAAACGAUGCUUUGACAAUUCGUGAAAAGACUCUUGGCCAUAAUCAUCCGGCUGUUGCAGCAACACUCAACAACUUGGCUGUUUUAUAUGGCAAACGGGGUAAAUACAAAGAAGCUGAACCAUUAUGCAAACGAGCUCUCGAGAUUCGUGAGAAAGUUUUAGGAAAAGAUCAUCCAGAUGUUGCUAAACAACUUAAUAAUUUGGCACUCCUUUGUCAGAAUCAGAAUAAAUAUGAAGAAGUUGAAUUGUAUUACCAGCGUGCUUUAAAAAUUUAUGAGAAUAAGUUAGGCCCAGACGAUCCAAAUGUUGCAAAAACAACGAAUAACUUGGCAAGCUGUUACCUGAAAGAAGGGAAAUAUAAAGAAGCUGAAGUUCUCUACAAACAAGUUUUAACAAGAGCACAUGAGAGAGAGUUUGGAACAGUUGCAGAAGAACGGGAAGAAAAUAAACUUCGCAACCGUGAGAAUACUCCUUAUGGAGAAUAUGGUGGAUGGCAUAAAGCAGCAAAAGUUGAUUCGCCAACAGUAACAACGACUCUGAAAAAUCUUGGAGCUUUGUAUCGACGACAAGGAAAGUACGAAGCUGCUGAAACUCUGGAGGAUUGUGCAAUGCGCUCCAAGCGAGAAUCAUUAGAUUUGGUGAAGCAAGUUAAGGUGGCACAAAUAUUGGGAAGCGAAGAUAAAAGACAUUCGCGAAAUUUGAGCGUUCCAUCAAAUAAUGGCGAUUCGUUUAUCGAAACUUCAAAGGCGAAUCCAUCUUAAGAAAAAAAACAUCAAAAAUCAAACAAAACUUUUUCUCUUCAUUUAAGGCACUUCAUUUAAAAAUAUUUAAAAUAAUUCUUCAUUUACUAGCAUCACUGACAAAACAUCCUAUUAAUAACAACUAUCAGAAAUAGCUUCUUAUGAUUCCAUAGCGAGUAUGCAUUUCAAAUAUUGGAAUUAACACAUAAUAUCCUCUGAGCUUGUGUUACUAAUGGAUUAACUAAUACGGUUUCAUGGUAGAUUGAUUAGAUAUUUAGAAGCAAACAAGGUAAAAAUGAAGCAAUUCGGCAGCAUUGUAAAAUAAUUAAAAACCUCAAGCUUGAAAAAUUUUUAUAAAUUAUAUUUCCCUUUAAAAUUUAACUUUAUAACUCUCUCCAUGUGUUUCUUUUGAGAAAGUGCUUUUAUGUUAUUUUACAUUUAUAACUGGCUCAAAAAGCUUUUGAAAAUUUAAAGUUGCAUAAGAACGAAGAAUUGUGAAGUUGGAUACAAAUUGAAAAAUUGAGGUUAUUCAUUGUUUACUGUCAUUUGCUACUUAUAUGUAGUUAUUGUAAUAAUAAGAGAUGUAAUUUUACACAACAAAUUAACAUAAAAUACAUAUUUUCUUAUUCUUAGCAUAGGAACAGACAGUAUAAGUUCAUAUAAUUUUUAAUUAAAAUUUGAGGCAUUUGAUGAAAGCUUUUGUAGAUUUGAGGGGACUGAAAAUUCCAAUAUUUUUUUAAGAAGUAGAACAUGGGAUUAAAAUCUACUAAUUUUUAGAACAGGAAGUCAGUACUAGGAUUCUUCAUCCUUUGCCAUCAAAAAUUAAUUACAAAUUAUGAUAUGAUUAAACAUACUGUCCGUUUUAUCUAACGAUAAGGCAAUCUUCAUUAGACUUGUGAUUUAAACACCUUGCAUCAUCCACACUGCUUACUUAUAUACACAAUGUGGUAAUUUUUAAGCAAUUUUCUUAUGUUUUCAUAUGUUUAGUUCUUCCUAUCAAUUAUCUAUCUGAUAAAUACUCUCACACUUAAUAAAUUAAAAUUCAAAGCAUUUAAUAAGUUAUUUAUAUGUAUAACAACACUUUUGUUUUCAACAUUGAAUAUAAGAAAAUUACUAAUUUAAUUGCAUUUUUCGAAUAUCCUUUCAAUAUAUCAAUAUGAAAAUAUUUUUUAUAUAUUCAUGAUGAUUUAGUGCUAAAAAUUCUGUUCUUCAUUGUCCGUUUAUUAAUUUCUCCCUUUAUCUUAUGAUUUUGUCAAGUUUUUUAGAUAAUUUAACAAAGUAAAAAUAUUCAAGUAUUUGUAGAAUUGCAAUGCUUUUAGGAAGCAUUUAAGUUUAAAUCAGUUUAAAUACAAACCGCAAUCGUUCCUUUUAUGUUCAUUUGCCUUUCAUGACAUCACACACUUUAAUUUGGGGGAAAUUGUUUUAUUUUGUUUUUAUUAGAUAAUUUUGUGUUCUUUUUUUCCUUUUUCAAAAUUUGUGCACACCAACAUAUUUCUUCCCAAUAAUAUGUUUACGUAUUUUUUCUUUUAUCUCAUCUAAUUCAAACCCAAUAAAAUAUUUUGAAGCAAUAAAA